CCGAACGUUGAAGGCGAACAAUCCAGAGAGAGAGACGAUGUACAGGACAUGAGCGAGAACUUUGUUGUGAACGAAACGUUCUACGACAGCGUGGCGCAAGAAUUGCGUGACAACGGCACUGAGGAAGAGGAACCCAGUGACGACGAUGAGGAGGAGGGCGAAUCGAGCGACGACGAUGAGGAGGGGGAGGAAACGAGCGAGGAUGCCGAUUCAGAAGACACAGACUCUGAGGAAGAUGAAUGGAAGAACGAGUCGGGAAUUGAUGUCGACAUGUUCAAGAAGAGUCUAUCUGGAGAACUUUUAGGAGAAGCGAAGCAGAUAAUAGCACAGGAGGUGAGAAGAGUACUGUAAAGCAAAUCAAGCAAGAGUGAGAAA